UGGUUUUUCAUAUUAACACAUUGUCAGCACAUGUUUUAUAGCAACACAGCAAUUUCGUAAAAAGUGUGAUAGUUUCCUUAAAUAAAAUGCGUCGUUUGAAAAAGUAUCAAUCCGGAGAAGCAGCAAAAUAUAUUACACGCCGCGCGGCUUUGCGUAAGUUACAAUUAUCGUUAAACGAUUUUCGCCGCCUGUGUAUAAUCAAAGGUGUUUAUCCACGUGAACCUAAACAUCGUAGAAGGGCACAAAAGGGGUCUUCUGAUAUUAAAAUACUUUACCACGCGAAAGAUAUACGGUUUCUGCUUCAUGAACCUAUUGUUUGGACACUAAGAGAUUACAAGAUUUUUGCAAAGAAAACGGGGAGAGACCGCGCUGUAAAGGAUUUUCGUAAUUUAAAGCGGCGCUUGGCUUUAUUUCCAGAAUUGAGAAUAGAUCAUAUUGUAAAGGAACGAUAUCCAACGUUUGUUGAUGCAAUUAAAGACCUCGAUGAUUGCUUAACGUUACUUUUUCUAUUCAGCACAUUUCCUUCAUUACGUUUAAUUCCACGGGAGCAAUCGUUUCUAUGUAGACGACUUACCAUAGAAUUUUUACAUUAUAUUAUCAGUUCGAAAUCAAUUCGUAAUGUUUUCAUAUCGAUUAAAGGAUUUUAUUUUCAAGCGGAUAUUAAAGGACAAAAAGUUACAUGGAUUAUGCCACAUCAUUAUCCUUUUAAGCCUCAUUCCAAAGCAGAAGUGGAUUUUAAAGUUAUGUCGAUUUUCGUGGAAUUUUAUACAAUAAUGCUUGGAUUCGUAAAUUAUCGCCUCUACCAUAGUGCAGGAUAUACUUACCCACCUCAAUUUCGUUCAGAAAUACAUAAUGAUUCGCAAGAUAAUUAUAAAGACGAAUUAUCAUAUGUUUCAGAUCGUAUUGCGACGCUUAAUUCUGAUUUGAUAUCCACCGAAAAUGAGUUAGAAGACGAAAUUGAGAAUAUUGACCUAGAUUUAGUUGAACAGGGUCAAAGUUCAAAUCGUAUAAUGCUAUUGAAAAAGGAAGCAAAGGAACUUACAAAACUACGCUCACUUUUUAAAGGUUUAAAGUUUUAUAUCAAUAGAGAGGUACCCCGAGAACCCAUAGUAAUAUUAAUAAGAUCGUUUGGAGGCAAAGUUUCUUGGGACUGCACAGCGUUUGUUGGAGCCACUUAUAACGAAAGCGAUGAAACUAUUACUCAUCAAAUCGUCGACAGAACAAUCCUAAGUAAAACAUAUAUAUCUCGUGAUUAUAUUCAACCACAGUGGGUCUUCGAUUGCGUUAAUAAGCGCACACUACUUCCAACGAACAGUUAUUUUUUAGGGGCUUUGUUACCACCUCAUUUAUCCCCAUUCGUUGACAGUAACCGAGAUUCUUAUGUUCCCCCCGAGGAAAAUGAAAGCAAAAAUGAAUCUGAUUUCAAUCAAAAGAAGUAUAUUAAAGUUAAUGCUGGGUUUUCAUUAACAGCAAAAGAAAUAAUAGACAGUCAAGCCAUGGAUGAUGAUCAAUUACAAAAAGCAUAUAUUGAAGAAAGAGCAGAUUUUGAGGAGUAUGAUCACAUCGAAAACGAAGAAGAGCAAAAUGACGAUAAUGUUGCUAAAGAGGAAAAGGAAAAACUUCGACACGAAAAAACGCUGUUCAUGAGUGUUCAGGUUGGUAAAAUCCAUAAAGAAAAUAAGAAGAUCCGUCGAAAGAAUGAAAUAGAUGAACACCGGUUACAAGCACGCAUGGUAAAGUCUCGUCAUCGCUCCCUUUUUAGGAAACUAGUACUAGAAAAACAAGUAAAAGAAAAGGAAAAAUGGUUGUUGAMAAAGAAACGUCGAAAUAUAGAAGCACAAAAAAUUUAACUAAUAUAGUUACAUAUAUACAUGUUUAAUGUACAGGGUGGCGCACUAUGGGAUAGCACACCAUCCCAUAUUAUGUCAUGUCAAAUUAACAGAAAAUUUAAGAAUAAAAAUAUCAAAAAUUA